GAUUUUCUAGCCAAAGGCUGACCAACAGCCGCCAACGGAAGCACAAUCAGCCAAAAGCCAUUGUUUCCUUGCUGGCUGUUCACCUUCACGAUGAUGAUGGGUGUUGCGCCUGUUAUUGCUUGCUGCCUGGUGUUGAGCCUCCUCGCCCUGGGCGCGGUGGCGCAGGAUGUGGACGUGACGGUGUAUCCUGGACGGCUGUUUCGGGCAGAUCUCUCGCUUCAGUUUGGCGCUGCAGCUAGCGUGGAAGCGAUUGCGACCCUCACCGGCAACCCAGCACCGCCAGCGUGGCUGCGGGUCAAUCUCCUGCCCAUCAUCUACGGCCAAGUUCCCGACGACAUUGCGGGCGACAGGUUUUCGGCCGCCAUCCUCCUCCGCAUCAACGACCAGCCCGUCACCCGCACCCUCAACCUCAUGGUUGACAGAACACAGGGCCUGCCUCGGGUGGCGUUUGAGGUGCAUGCGACAAAUGCUAAUGAGACACAGCUGGUCGGGGACAGAUACGAUGAUCUGGAGACGGCGGUUGGCAUCACACGUGCACGGCUGUCGGCAGACACGGGGCAAGUUGGAUCCGGGGUCUUGUUUGUCAGAAGCGUUGCCCCCUUUGAGACGGAUCGCCGCAACAUUAACCCUAUGACCUCCAACCCACCGCUUCCCGUCAACAACGCCUACAUCAACGGCACGGCGUGGCUGACGCUGGGGAGCAAACUGAGUGAUUCUCAGUUGACGUGUGCGGAAUUGGAGGCAACAGCCGGGUCGUUGUUUGCAGCGCAAGGGCUUCAGCUUGACUUUGACCUCUGCACGCCCUUUCCCAUCUCCACCAACGCAACCAUCGACCGCUCCCGGGUGCUGGCCACAGUGGAGAUGAGGACGUGGGCACGCACGAAGGACGACUUCAACGAGACGAUCAUCCCGGCGUCCGUCAUUGCCGCCUUUAUCUUCUUUCCGUUUGCCCUCAUCUUCAUCAUCCACUACUUUGCCAGAAGCAGCGACGAAGCCAUCGAACAGCAGAUGCAUCGCCUUGUGAAGAACAUGCUGCGGAGGAAUCGUGCGCACACGCUGCGCGUCAUCUCGGACGACAACACCAUCGCCGCUGCAUGGCUGGCCAACAGCGAAGAGGAGGAGGUGGUGCCUCCUCGCCUGAGCACCGUGUCAAAGCCCUCAAACACCUCCCUGCCAACAAGCGAGCACAGCCGCAACCUGCGCUAUCGCACACACACCCGACCACCCACCUACCGCCCGCCACCCCAGCACGACUUUUGAACUGACAGCUUUCAUCCCACAACUGCACGCACAACACACACACACACACACACACACACACACACACACACACACACACACACACACAUACACACACAACACACACACACACACACACACACA